AUGGAGUUAUGUUACAGUUUGAUAUUAAUGCUAAAAUAUGAAAAUGGAGAUAUUUCAUUUAUAUUGCCAUGGUGGCGCCAAGUAUUGUGGAGCAUUUUAUUUGGUGGCAUGGUUAUUGUGGCGACUGGCGGAAAUCUUAUUGUUGUUUGGAUUGUUAUGACAACAAAACGUAUGCGAACUGUUACAAAUUAUUUUAUAGUUAAUUUAUCGAUAGCCGAUGCCAUGGUAUCAAGCCUAAAUGUUACAUUCAAUUACAUCUAUAUGCUGGACAACGAUUGGCCUUUUGGUGAAUUGUAUUGCAAAAUAUCACAAUUUAUAGCCACACUAAGUAUAAGUGCUUCAGUAUUUACCCUGAUGGCGAUAUCAAUUGAUAGGUAUGUGGCCAUAAUGAAACCUCUGAAACCACGUAUGAGUAAACGUAACAAUUUGGCAAUUGCUGCAGUCAUAUGGCUGGUAUCGGCCAUUAUAUCGUGUCCAAUGCUGCUGUUCUUCACCACCGAUGUUAUACCCAGCAAAGAUGGUCUACGUACAGUUUGCUACUCUGAAUGGCCAGAUGGUUCAACAAAUCAUUCACAUCAUGAAUACAUUUACAACAUCUUAUUUAUGAUACUCACAUACUUCCUACCAAUCAUUUCGAUGAGUGUUACCUACUCCCGUGUAGGUAUUGAAUUAUGGGGUUCUAAAGCGAUUGGAGAAUAUACACCGCGACAAGUGGAGAAUGUCAAGAGUAAGAGACGUGUGGUAAAAAUGAUGAUGGUUGUGGUAUUAAUAUUUGCUGUUUGCUGGUUACCAUUCCACACGUAUUUCAUACUAACUUCUUGUUAUCCAGCCAUAACGGAAACACCUUUCAUACAAGAGGUGUAUUUAUUCAUAUACUGGUUGGCGAUGAGUAAUUCCAUGUACAAUCCGAUUAUAUACUGCUGGAUGAAUUCGCGAUUUCGUUUUGGUUUUAAAAUGUUUUUUCGAUGGUGCCCGUUCGUCCAUAUAGGUGCAGAGAGUCUAAAUCGUCGCGAUCAAAUGACUUCACGUUAUUCAUGUUCGGGUUCACCCGAUCAUAAUCGUAUUAAGAGAAAUGAUACCCAACGUUCAUUUCUAUACACCUGUCCGGGAUCUCCAAAAAAUCGACGCAUCUCACAUUGUGGAAUUUUACGCAGUUCAACUAUAGCAACACAGCGUGACGGUGUGCGACACUCAGCGCCCAUAACAACCCUAAGGACAGGACCAGGCCUAGGCGGAGGCAAUUAUCAUCAUCAUAACUCAACAUACCAUCAACGUUGUAGUCUAAAAACACCUGUAACUAGUGGAGGUAUGAACAAUAUGAAAAACACACAUGAAUUGUCUGCAUUAAGUGGCAAUGGACAGGGUAAUACUUUAACCAACAAUUCCAAAGAUUUUCUUAUCAAAGCAAAUCAACGGUCAAGUGUUAGAUGGACAGCAACAGCACCAUCCACCUCUGUAACCGAAACCACAUCACUAGAGACAAGUUCAGCCGCUUAUAAUGGGGCAGCAGAUAAAAAUUAUUUAACAAAUCGUACAGCAUUAAUGUCCUGACAACAACAACAACAACAGCAGGAGGAGGAUGCUAAUGAAAAACAAUAUAUAUUGCAACAGCAACCACAGCACACACUACAAACGAAUGAAACCAUAAAUUAUUUACAGCAACAACAAAAUCAACAACAAACUACAAAAGGAAACGGAAGUUUACUCUAUAAUACUUUGACAAAUGGCAGCAACAGUAAUAACAUUAGCUGCAUUGGCAACAGUGGCAGCAACAUGAACAACAAUUUAAACUUAAUUUUAAAUGUAAAUUCAAAUGUCAAAUCUGUUUUAUUCAAUACGAAUACAAACGAUUAUGUCACGGAUAGUUGUAAAGAUGCAUCUUCAUUUAAUAAUACGAGCAGUACUAGCACUAGUAGUACAAUUGUUGCUGGUGUAGGUGUGGGUGUCAGUGGUAAUAAAUCUUCAACAAGCCAUACUAAUGAUAAAACUUGGCUUUAAAAUAACUUGUAUAAAUAAUUUAUUUUUCUUUUUUAAAUUUUUAUCAAUAGAAGCACUUAAUCACAAUUGGCUUUUGCAGGCAUUCAAAUAGAUAGAUAAUUGUGUGGGCUUAAGUAAGUGGAAAGAUUUGUGAGAAGGAAUUUCAUAUUGAGAAUUAGUGGAAAGAGGGAUAAAAAUUAAUGCCUAACAGUAUUUUAAAGUAGAGACUAAAAUGUCCUCUAUUUUAGAACUGAAUUAUUUUAGGUCAAACAAAAAUUUCAAAUACAUAUUAAAUAGUCUGCUGAUUGGUAUCUGAACUAGGGCCUUGAUUAGUUUAUUAACUAGUUUAUUAACUAAUUUGUUGAGAAGUCUGCUGACUAGUUUGUUGUUUAGUCUAAUGAUUAGUCCGUUAUAUAGACCGUUGACUACUUAACGAACUAGUCUAUGAAUUAAUUUGUUGACUAGUCUAUUGAAUAAUCUGUUGGCUAGUCUCUUUAC